CGAUGAUAUUCCGAAGACGACAAGUAUAAAACUUGCCAUUUUCACCGUGUGAAAAAGAUACUAAAAAUAAGUUUGAGUUAAAUUUUGAAAAGAUGAUGGCGCCACCUUUCUCACAAAAUUCCCCUAUCUUCCCCAGUUAAAAAAAAUGGCGGAUUCCAGCACAAUCUACAUCGGCGGAAUCCCGGUGGAGUUCCCGUACCAGCCGUACGGCACUCAGCUGGCCUUCAUGAACCAAGUGAUCGCGACGCUCAAUCGGUCGCAGAGAGACGGCCACUGCCACGCGCUGCUCGAAUCUCCCACCGGCACAGGGAAGUCGCUCUCGCUGCUCUGCUCCGCCCUUGCAUGGCAGCAGAAUCACAAACUUAGAAAUAUCCGGAAUGAGUCCAACUAUCAUGGGGGCGGCUUCAUCCCUGAGACUCAGCCAUCAGGGAAUCCAGCAGGCAUGGAGCAACAAAGAUUAGCACCGAUUAUCUUUUAUUCAUCGAGAACUCAUGCUCAAAUCAGUCAAGUCAUCCGGGAGUACAAGAAAACAACCUACAGGGUCCCCAUGGCAGUCUUGGGAUCAAGAAAGCAUUACUGUACCAAUCCAAAGUUACUUGGUGAUAAGAAAGUUGACGAGAAAUGUCGGUUGCUUCUGAAGAAUAGAGAAGAUUACUGCCCGGAAUCCAGAAAUGUCCAUGAAGUCAAAGGUCAUCCCUCUCUUCGAAAAGGUGGCUGCCAUGAGGUCCAUGACAUUGAAGAUCUUGUCAAAAUUGGGCAAGUUGUCAAAGCACAUUCUUUGGUUGAAGAUGCAGAACUGGUCUUCUGCCCAUACAACUAUAUCAUCAAUCCAAACAUCCGAAAGGGACUGGAAGUUUAUAUGCGCGGGAGCAUUAUUAUUUUAGAUGAAGCACAUAAUAUAGAAGACGUAGCUCGUGAUGGUGGUAGUAUUGAUCUAGAGGAGGAAUCUUUGCUCCAUUUGCAGAUAGAAUUGAGACGGCUGAGGCUGAUUGAUGCCAUGACAUACCAACCCUUGUUUGAGAUGACUCAGGACAUAUUGAGUUGGAUGGACCGGAGAAAAAGUGCCCUGAUGAAGCGUGAUUUUGGGUGCCAUUUCCGUUGUUGGACUGGAGAUAAAGCUUCAAAAGAGCUACAGGAAGCCAAUAUAUCAUUGCAGAAUUUUCCAAUAUUGCAACACUGUGCCCAAAAGGCCAUCAGAGCUGCUUCAGAAGCAGAGCCAUGUGUUUCUUAUUUAACAGGAAUGGCAUCAGCUAUCCUAGAAGGAUUGUUCUCUUCACUCAGUUACUUCUUCUCUAGGGAUGGUGUCCAUAUUCGUGACUUUGAACUGGCACUACAAAGAGUUGCAAAGAAAGAUGAAGGCACACAAGGUGGUUGGACAAACACAUUCAGCUUGUGGUGCUUAAAUCCUGCCGUCGUUUUUAAAAGCAUUGCUGAAACUGCACAAUCUGUCAUUCUAACUUCAGGAACUCUUUCACCAAUGAAUACUUUCUCAUCUGAACUUGGUGUUCAAUUUGGCACUUGUCUGGAAGCCCCACAUAUCAUAGAUGUUGAUUCGCAGGUGUGGGCAACUGUGAUUUCCAAUGGUCCUGGUAACUAUCGACUCAACGCAAGCUACAAAACUGCGGAUGAUUAUGCUUUCCAGGAUGCAGUUGGCACAUCUUUGGAGGAAAUAUGCAAAGUUGUUCCUGGUGGUUGUCUGGUUUUCUUUCCAAGCUACAAGUUGCUGGAUAAAUUAAGCACCAGGUGGCAGGAAACAGGCCAGUGGUCUCGAUUAAAUGCACAAAAAUCCAUUUUUGUUGAACCAAGAGGGAGCAGCCAAGAUUCUUUUGAGGCUACUCUAAGGGAAUACUAUAAUUACAUACGUCAUGGCACAAGGCAGUCGAAUAGCAAUUUGGUUAUUAGGAAAGAAGGGGCAGCUUUUCUAGCAGUUUGUCGAGGCAAGGUAUCUGAAGGGAUGGACUUCUCAGAUGACAAUGCUCGAGCUGUCGUGAUUGUUGGGAUUCCCUUUCCUAACAUUUAUGACAUUAAAGUUGCACAGAAGAAGAAGUUCAAUAAUAUAAAUGAGAUAUCUAAGAAGCUUUUAAGUGGGAAUGAAUGGUACUGUCAGCAAGCCUUUCGUGCCCUAAACCAGGCUGCAGGUCGUUGCAUUCGACACAGGUUGGAUUAUGGAGCUAUCAUCUUCUUAGACGAGCGACUCCAUAGAGAGAGAAACAGAGCAUACAUAUCAAAGUGGCUGCGCAAGUCUCUUAGGCUCUACACCAACUUUGAGGAAUCACUUCACGGUUUAAAAUCCUUUUUUCGGAGAUGUGAAGGUGGCGGACACAAUUACAUGUGACUUUCAUGAUACCCAUCAUUCCUCGUAUACUAUACAUAUCUUAAUUUAAGUUAUCUUGUUAUAGAAUCUUAAUAGACAAAAACUUGCGUGAAGAACUCUCUCUCACCAUGAGCUCUUCCUUAGAAUAUUGAUCAUUGAAAUUUUUAAAUUUUAUUUGUAAUUAAUUAUAUCUUAAUUAAUCAAUUAAAUAAUAAUUAACA